CCUGUCGAGCUCACCCGCGAACUCAGCUAUCAUACGACCAAGCACCAUACAAUUGUCCUAAGAACGACAUUGAAGUUUAUUUGGGAGAUCUAUAUCGGACCAACCCUAACCCAUCCUCUUCCCGGUUGGCAGAUCACACAUCCCUGGUCUUGAACCGCCUUUCUCCCUAUCGGUGACCGACCAUCGCAGAUCGACGAACGACGAAAAGCGACCAUGAACCACUCCCACAGAGCCGUGUCCUCUCCGGGAAGGCUUUCGAUGCCCAGCCCCGCUGCUCCCCUCGCCCUUUCAGAUUUCAUUCUCCAAAGACCACUCUCGCCAUAUUCCUUUGCCUAUGACGGACAAGCGGCUGCAAGCCCAGACGCUACCUUGGCCGAGGGCGAACACCAAUCGUCACAACCACAGCUACUAGGCGAAACAAGCAGAACGAGAUCAGCAGCAACAGUACCGAUGGCCAAGCUAGGAGGUGAUAGUCCGGCCAAGUAUCCGGGACUUUCAACCGUCUCGAUUGGUGCCCCAAGUCCAAGUCAGGAAGCUGCACGGAAGGAAGAAGGAACACUGGAAUCUCUGUCAACAGCGACGCCCUUGGAGUCUCCACCGCCCGUAACGGCUCAGAACUGGUUGGCGACACGUCAACAAAUUAUACCCGGGCGCAAUGUCAAAAAGGCCGACUGGAUCCGGGGAUGGAGCGAGUCUGUCGUUAACCUUGGGAAUACGACAUAUUGUUGCUGCUCAGAAACCUUCGCGGUCAGGGGCCGCGGAUGGAAGGGCAAAGGGGGUGAUCUCACGAGCGGGGUGCGAGCCAUUCUGCCUGUUACCAGAUCCUUCUCUGGCGGCCUUGACACCGCAGUGAACAUGUGUCGCAAUUGUCACCGCCCAGCUUCGCCGACCCCCGCCACAGGAGAUUUCGGCCCGCUUAAUGUCGACGAGCCAGAAGAGAAGGUCGGACGGAGCACGCGAGCAGAGUUCACCCGAAGACUCAGUGGCCUUCUUCGCCGGGUCAUACCCAGUCGAAGUGACAGCGACCGCCAGGCAUCACAGAAGCAUUCCGACAGAAAUUCCAACGCCAGAUCGACGCCCGUGAGCGGCGCUUACGCUAGCAGACAGCAGAAGCCCACGGCAUCUCCGGUCAAACCGUCGCGUCUGUCCGGUUUCAGUGCUAUAAUGUCGAAGGAGGCCCCUCACAAUAAUCAACCGAAGAUUACGACGAAUUCAUGGCCAACGACUCCGAGGCAGCCAGCCGUGUUGAAUGGGGCUCGCGCCGGCCUUAACCAAUUGCAGUCGGAAUCGGACGACGACUCGAGCGAUUCCGAUGACCCCCGCGCCAAGAUCGGAUUGAAGGUUAGCUAUGCUCGUCUUCAGCGGGCGGCGAAACUUUUGGAGCGCAACAAGUCAUGACGGAGCCUAUUCAAUGGAUGGACUGCGUUUUUCGGCGUUGAAGAGAACACGAUGGCGGCGUUUAUUUGAAUCGAAAGAUGUCGAUCGAGGCGAGAUGCAUCAUAGCGUCAUGCAAACCUAUACCAGGCGAGACGGGAUG